GUUAACUUAAUGCAGAAGACAUGUACAUGUGAGAAAGUCAUAAUAUAUAAGUUGCCGUGUUCUCAUGUCCUUGCGGUAUGUCGUCACAGGAGCUUGUCAUAUAGUGGUUUUGUGGACGCUUCAUUUCUGACUAGCUCGUAUCGAUCUACUUAUAUGUCCUUUUUCAAGCCUGUGCCUGAUAUGCAUAAUUGUUCUCCAUAUGAUGGUCCGAGAAUUAUAGCUGAUGAGAGGCUAAAACGUGGAGCUGGACGUCCACGGUCCACUCGAAUACAAAAUGAAAUGGAUGCAGCUGAUAGGUCUGGCAAAUAUAGAUGUAGCAUUUGUAAGGUUUCAGGACACAAUAAGCAAAGAUGUCCUAAUAAGAACGGUGAAGGAACAUCUGGGUCUGAUGGCGCAGUCCAUCUUUCCCGGCCCCACUGAUCGCAGCGUUCUCACCCUCCAGGACCAACAUCGGAGUGAGGAUGUCUGGAGGGGAGUAGCGGACACGGUACUAUCGUGUCGGUUGCAUCAUCACAGUCUCUAUCUUGACUGGGAGAUUCACGAUAGGGUUCUUCGGUAUGUCGAGCGGGCUGGUUUUCUCGGCAUACAUCGUUUGGUAGGGGGAGGUUUGGAGAUUGAUAGACCACUUCUGACGGCAUUAGUGGAGCGAUGGAGGCAGGAGACCCAUACAUUUCAUUUGACUGUUAGGGAGGCGACGAUUACUUUGGAGGAUGUCGCUGUUAUCCUUGGACUUAGAGUGCACGGGGCACCUGUUACUGGUCGAGGCGAGGGUAACUGGGCUGCAUUAGUUUUCGAGUUGUUAGGGAUUUGGCCCAACACACCGGAGAACGAGCCCAAAGUUCUCCAGGGUUCGUCUUUGAGAUUGACAUGGCUUCGGCAACAUUUUUUCUUGUUGCCGAAUGAUGCUGAUGAGGUGACUGUACAGCGAUUUGCCCGGGCUUACAUUCUUGCAUUGAUGGGGUCCAUUCUUUUUGCCGACAAGAGUGGAGAUGCAGUCCAGGUUCUUUAUCUCCCACUUUUAGCUGAUCUCGACGUAGCAGGGACAUAUAGUUGGGGUAGUGCGACCCUUGCAUACCUGUAUCGGCAGCUAUGUCGGGCAUCACAUAGGGGUGCGAGGGAGUUAGGUGGCCCUGUGUUGUUGUUACAGAUUUGGGCAUGGGAGCACAUACACAUUGGCAGACCUCGGAUUUCGAGGGUGCGGGACCCACCUCCACAGUUUGACGAGGCCGUUCCUAUUUUAGGCUCCCAGCAUGUUCCGGGGAUUGACCCCUUAGCUGUCAGUUGGCUUCGAGUACACAUCACUAGGUCCCACACAGCAGGUGGGCUUCCUUACUACAGGGAUGCACUUGACCAUCAGACGGACGAGCAGAUGACUUGGCAGCCAUAUACUGAUGCGAGACUGGCGUUGUUACCUGCUAUAUGUCGAGCUGAUCGACAUGUAUGGCGCACAGUGGCCCCACUUAUCUGUUUCGACAUUGUAGAGUUCCAUUUCCCUGGUCGAGUUAUGCGCCAGUUUGGAUUCGAGCAGACGAUUCCCGCACCUUCUGAUACGAGCACAACCCUUCAUGCCAUAGAUCGGAGGUCGAAGAACAAGAACUAUCCGCUCAGACAUCGACCUUACAUUGCACAUUGGGAUGAGCGCGAGGGACACAUAGUUCAGGGCACUCCUUUUAGUGGUCGUACUCAUGCCUUUGACGAGUAUAUGAUAUGGUUUCGUCGCAUCACGAGGUUACGCCUGACGAAUCCAUCGAGGCGACCACCUUCUACACAUUAUCAGCCUGCGUUGCAGAUAUAG